AUGUCACCUUUCUCUGCUAGGAGCCCGGCGAAUGCGCUAACAUUUGUGUCACCACCUCGGGGACUUCCACCUUCGCCACUGUCCACCAUCUCUGCGGCCGGUAGGGGUUCUCGUGGCUCGAAAUUUGGUCUGCCCCCGUCGAGUGGUCUUGUCAGGGGGGCUCGCCCGCCGUGGAAUGGGCAGAUUCCAGGGAGCCAAGGAAUACACCCCAUUACGUGGGGUCGUGGUCACGGGCACGACGAUACCGAGGUUCUCGCUCAGUUCUCAGCGUUCCCGCCUUCUCAGCGCCCGAGUACGUCCGGCGGUCCCGCCGCUGGGUCGCGGCCAGGCACAAGCACUUCCUCAGCAUAUGGGCCUGGAAGUCCAGCGCUCUCCGAAUUGUCGGCAACUAUCAGCUCUGGUGCUCUUGUAAGAGCGGGCACGACACAGGAGCUUAGCGCCUACCAGACUGAGGGUUGCAGCGUGCCGCCGCUUCUACUGCCUGCACCUCCGGAGGGAGAUGAAUUUGCCAGGUACUAUGUAUUCGACUGGGAUAAUACGCUCUGUCCCACCGACUGGCUGUGCCAGUUGUACGGUCAGAGCGGCUUGAAUCUUUACAUUAGUAAGAAGCCUUGCCAGGCUCUCAGUUCUCCCGCAUUGAAGUCCAAGAUGGACCUCCUGCAAACCAGUGUGCGAAGAUUACUGCUCAAGUGCAAAGAGAAAGGCGAAAUCGCAAUCGUGUCCAAUGCGACAAGCGUUGGGCUCAUCAAGACACUCGGACUCCUUCCUCUCAUUCACCGAACUGUGGAUGAGCUCCGCAUCGCGGUUGUAUCCGCUCGUGAUAUGUGCGAACCUCACGGCCUGCCUUUAGAGGAGUGGAAGGACACAGCCCUCAUUCAGAUGCUUGUUGAUUUCGCAGGGCGGCAUGUUAACCACAAACUGUCAGUAAUGACAAUCGGUGACCAAGACUUCGAGCACAUCGCGCUCCACAAUGCGUCGGAGUACCUUCAAACGCAAUUCGGGCGCGAUUCUCACCCAAAAUGUAUCAAAUACGUCGAGUCUCCAAGCAUUGAUGCCGUUACGAAGCAAACUGCAAUUUUUACAGAGCUCGUUGACCAGUUUGCCGACAACGAGAGCGGAACAUACCUUAUGGAACAGGAUGGAGCCAUGACAAGGCCUUAG